UGGGUGGCAUCAAAGGGGCAUCGAGCCUGCCCACUCAGCUCUUCACCCUCCUGCUGCAGCGAAGUUAUCUGGAGGCAGAGGAAACAGGUUCUUGGAACGCUUGGGCUGCUGAACCAUGGAGUCCUUCAGUUCAAAGAGUCUGGCGCUGCAAGCAGAGAAGAAGCUACUGAGUAAGAUGGCAGGUCGGUCUGUGGCUCAUCUCUUCAUCGAUGAGACGAGCAGUGAGGUGUUAGAUGAACUCUACCGUGUGUCCAAAGAAUAUACACACAGCAGGCCCCAGGCCCAGCGGGUUAUCAAGGACCUGAUCAAAGUGGCUGUCAAGGUGGCCGUGCUGCAUCGCAGUGGCUGCUUCAGCCCCAGCGAGCAGGCCUUGGCUACCCGCUUCCGCCAGAAGCUGCGGCAGGGUGCCAUGACCGCACUCAGCUUUGGUGAGGUGGACUUCACCUUUGAGGCUGCCGUGCUGGCCGGCCUGCUGACCGAGUGCCGGGAUAUGCUGCUGGAGCUGGUGGAGCACCACCUCACACCCAAGUCACAUGGCCGCAUCCGCCACGUGUUCGAUCACUUCUCUGACCCAGGCCUGCUCACGGCCCUCUACGGGCCUGACUACACUCAGCACCUUGGCAAGAUCUGUGAUGGGCUCAGGAAGCUGCUGGAUGAGGGGAAGCUCUGAGAGCCCUGACCCCAGCAUGUUCCUUCUUGGCAAAAUAGCUGACUGAGAAAACAACAGAUAAUGGGCUUUCUAACCCUGCUCAUCUGUACUAAUGCUCUUCAACCCUCAGGUUUCAGUCUUUCCCAAGAGAGCUUGUGACUCUGAGACCACUCCACCCCCACCCCCAACUGCUGGUGGAAAAGAAGCAAUGCUGAGGGUUGAGGCCUCUCCUACUCCAGCCCCAAGACAGGAAACAAAGCUGCCUGAAAAAGACGAAGUGAAACUUGGAUCUCUAUUUUCCCCAUAAGGGACCUUUCAAACAGGGAAGCCCCCUCCCCUCAGAACCAGGGGAAGAGGGCAUAGCCCAUCUAACUCCUCCGGGGACACUAAAGACAGAGGUGGGGUGGGAGCCCUUAGAGACAUCCUCGACCUUCAGCUCUAGGCAGAAUCUGGACAGAUACCAGAGACUCUGCUCCAGAGGGCAGGAAGAAGGGGCUAGGGCAGGGGAGAGUCUCACAGAGGAAAUAAAACUAUGAAAACAUG